UCACUCCACAGACAGUGUCUUGGAUAUAUAUAUAUAUAUAUAAUAUAUUUACACUUGCAAUAAAGAAGAAGAAUAAUAAGAUACGGACAAGAAGAACCCUUGCAAGCAGGAGCAGCAAGUCAACAGGCGUGUUCACACGUUUCCUCUCUCUCUCUCAUCCCAAAAUCUGCAAGAUUUCACCGUUUCUAUUUAUGAACCAUACAAAUCCUCCAAUCCAAACUUAACUGUCCUGUUCCUCCGAUGAAUGCCGCCGUUCUCCUGAAGACUUCCGGUGUUGGAGAUUACGACCACGAAGACAACACCGGAGACGACGACGGAGAGGAAACCAGUUAUGUCUUCGACGGCGAGGUAGAGACCACGAACGCGAAGGAGCUCAAGGGCUUUUUCACUUCCCUCUUGUUCAUGGAUGACCCUCAGAAGCAGCACGACCACAAGUCUCCCGACACUGAUUCCCGCCCACACAUGCUCGAUUUCCAGCCCAGUUACCGGAAAAGGGCAAAUCUCAUGUCCGAUCAUCACUCCAAUCUUCAAGAUCACUACACCGACGCCGAGGAAACAGCCCAGAUUAGCCGGAAGAGGUCACGCGCCGCCGCAGCUGCUGCUCCGGUUUCCGAGCUGGAGAACGAGACUGGGGAGAAUCCGAAUCCCGGGUCCGGGUCAGAUCGGGUUCAGGUCCCGGGUUCGGGUCAACAGAGGCGGUUGUGGGUGAAGGAUCGAAGCCGGGCCUGGUGGGAGGAGUGUAGCCGUGAGGAUUACCCUGAAGAGGACUUCAGGCGAGCCUUUCGGAUGUCCAAAGCCACGUUUGAAGAAAUUUGCGAGGAGCUGAACUCUGCCGUGGCUAAGGAAGACACGGCCCUGCGGAACGCCAUCCCCGUGCGCCAGCGGGUCGCGGUCUGCCUAUGGAGACUCGGGACGGGAGAGCCGUUGCGGCUAGUGUCCAAGAAGUUUGGGUUGGGGAUCUCCACUUGCCACAAGCUUGUUCUUGAGGUUUGUAAAGCCAUUAAGGAUGUCUUGAUGCCCAAGUACCUGCAAUGGCCAGAUAAUGAUGGUUUGAGCAAUAUCGGAGAGGAGUUUGAAUCGCUGUCGGGUAUACCGAACAUCGUGGGCUCGAUGUAUACCACUCACGUUCCGAUUAUAGCUCCUAAGAUCAGUGUUUCCAUGUAUUUCAACAAGCGGCACACGGAAAGGAACCAGAAGACGUCAUACUCGAUCACCAUUCAAGCCGUUGUGAACCCGAAAGGGAUUUUUACUGACCUAUGCAUUGGAUGGCCCGGGUCGAUGACUGAUGACCAGGUCCUAGAGAAGUCACUGUUGUAUCAGAGGGCUAGCAAUGGAGGUCUGUUGAAGGGAAUGUGGGUGGUUGGGGGGACAGGGCAUCCAUUGCUGGAAUGGGUGCUGGUUCCAUACACGCAGAAGAACCUGACAUGGACACAGGACGCAUUCAAUCAGAACAUCCGAGAGGUGCAACGGGUGGCUAAGGAGGCUUUCGGGAGGUUGAAGGGACGGUGGGCAUGUCUGCAGAAGAGGACAGAGGUUAAGCUGCAGGACUUGCCUACAGUGCUGGGUGCUUGCUGUGUUCUGCACAACAUAUGUGAGAUAAAGGGUGAGAAUUUGGAUCCAGGGCUAAUGGCAGAAGUGGUGGAUGAUGAGGUUGUGCCUGAGAAUGCAUCGAGAUCGGUCACGGCCAUGAAGGAAAGGGAUGGUAUUGCUCAUAAUCUUUUGCACCACCGGCUUGCUGGCACUUCCUUCCUAUAGGAUAUGGAUGUUCUUUCCUCCUUCCUCGAUCUUUUUUUGUGGGGAAAAAAGUCAUCGGAUUCUUUGGUUUAUGCAUUGUACUGUACUUCAUAUAUCACAGAUGCUACCUACAAAAAAGAUGGAUUCUGUUA